GACUCCACGUCUCUCCCGGGUGCAAUUCUCGUGUCGUGCUCCACCCACCAAGUCCGCGGAGUCGUGGGUUGCGCGAUUCAGCACGCGUCGCUUGGGCAUGUUCCUGACCUACGCCGCAUCAACCAAUUUAUGAUCGAUUGACUCGUGUUUCCAGCAACCUAAGCGACAAUGGUCUUGUUCAAGCGGAAACCAGUCCAAUACCUCCCACGGCCCGUCAUUGAAGAUGACAGCUCCGAGGUCUGGGUGAUCCCGGAGACAAACGAGGUUUUCGUUCACUAUGAACCCUAUCUUCAGCGGAUGGAUUUCUACAAGCAGAAACGGUUCAUCUGUGAGAUCACAGGUCACUCGGGAUUAACAUUCUUCGAAGCUUUGAAAAGCGAGAUGGAGGAGUCGCGUGAAGUCAACAGUGCUUUUCCCGAUGCUCUGAAGGAGCCCAUUCUCCGCAGAAUUCAAUUCUCCACCGUGUCGCGGGUCGACAAUCUCGUGGAUGAAAUCUUCGAGGAAUUCAAGCAAGACUUCUACCCAGGAGAACCCGUCCUCAUUCUUCUCGACGAUAAUACUCGCCUGCAUGGUAUGAUAAGGGACAAGGCCAAUUUUGCCGAACAGCUCUACCCGGAUGGAACCGUCAAGCUACCUGCCCACAGCACCUAUCUGGUGAAGGUUUUGGACCGUCCAAAUGAGGAAGCGUUGCUGGAUCAGGACCAUAUCACUCGCGAUCGGAAGACCUUCACCAAGCAAAUGCUGCGCGCUUUCAUCAAGAACAACGUGACGAGGGAGUCCUGGAACGGCGCUCCUUGGUUGGUGAAAUCGACAAUCGCCGAAGAAUACAGGAUCCCCACCGAAGUACCAAAGCACCUGCAAUAUGGCGCCAAGGUCGCCGAGAAAAAGGCUCUGAAAAAGGCCGACCAGGAUGGGUUUUUUGGUUUUUUUGCUUCACAGCAACUGCCGGAAUUAAAGCCGGCAGUCAAAGGGCAAAAGCUAAAGCCAUCACAAAAUGAUUUAAAUCGCUCGAAGGAAGCUCAAUUCCUGGAGUAUCAGCGGUCUCUCAACGGCAAUCCAUCGUUCCUUCCUGCCAAUAAGUCUACUAAUGGAGUCGCUCGUCUUUCCAAGUCCCAAGAAACGGAGAAGAAAUCGCAAGUCCAAGCGCAAACCCCUCCCGCUGUGGUUGUCAAAGUUGAACCUCCGAAGGAGCCAACACCUCCACCCAUCAAGUACCCUAUUGAGGAUCUGGACAUCGCUCCCGACCACGAGAAGAAGAAGCAGCGUCCGGCUCUCAGAUAUAUGACUACCGAUGAGAUUGAUGAUCCCGACGAUGAGGAGCUUCUGCACAGUCAUCUCGAAAUGGAGUCUGUGGCGCGCCUCUUGGAAACAUGGAACACACUCAAUGUCUACUGUGAGGUUUUCCAACUGGACUCUUUCACUUUCGAUGACUUCUUCCAGGCCAUGCGUUUCUCCUCGGAAGACGUGGACUGUGAGUUGUUUGUUGAAGUGCAUUGCGCCGUGUUGAAGAAGCUUGUCAAUUCGGAGAAGGAUGAAGAUGGAGCUGUACAGAUAUCUCUUCCAGACCUUCCCGAAGAAGAUUCUGACGACUCGGAGGCGGAGGAGGAAGAGGAAGAAGAGGCAGAACCUACGCCCGAACCGGAGCCAGUAGUAACUAGAAUGACGACCCGGAGUAGUCUGGCCAAGGCUGAAGCAGAAAGCCUCAAAGCUCAAGCAGAACGUGAGGGCUCUAGCUCGGAGGAGGUUCCAGUUCAUCGAGCUGCAGAAAUGUUUGAGGAGUAUGGUUGGAUUGAGCGUCUGCGGAAACGUGAUUUCCGGAAUGGCGGAUGGGAGCUGGUUAUUGUUGGACUUCUCAAUCGACUUUCAGGCCGCCCGGGCAUGAAGGAAGUAUGCAACAAGAUCCUCAGCCAUCUUGCCCCACUGGAUGCCGAACCGACUCAAGAGACUGCCCAGUACCAAUACGCCACUAUGGAUAUUAACCUUCGCAUUCAUGCACUGCAAAUCAUUUGCAUGCUCAGUCUCGAAACAAAGGCUAUUCGAAAUUACCUCGAAGAGUGCAGCAACCAGAUGACAGAGUUCCGCAAAGAGAAGAUCGAGUACCAAAAAGCACGCAAGGUAGUUCUCGAAGAACUCCGUCGGUUGCACCAAGAGCGCAAGGCUCUCCAGCCGGAGCCAGAGAAGUCUCCCUCACCAGCGCCGGAACUGGACGCAUUGGAGGACUCGAAGAUGACUGGUAUUGAUGGCGAAUUCGACAACUCAGAUCAGGAAGAAGCUCCUCAGCGGAGUCUUCGAGGUGGCUUGGACAGACAACUUGAGCGCAAACGCAAGCAAGAAGAAGAGCGCGAGCGGAAGGAACAGCUGGCCAAACAGCCCAAAGGAACUAAGCAGUAUCAGAGAGUACUAAAGAAGAUCGAAGACCAGAAGGCCGCGGUCAAGAAGCUCGAAGAUAAGAUCGAUGUGAUCGAUAAUGAUUUGAGAGAAGCCGACUGUCCACGAACGAGAUGUCUCGGAAAGGACCGGUUCUGCAACCGCUACUGGUGGUUCGAACGAAACGGCAUGCCAUACGGAGGCAUGCCCAACAGCUCCACGGCAGAAGCACAGUAUGCAAAUGGCCGCUUAUGGGUUCAAGGCCCUGAUGAGCUGGAGCGUGUCGGCUUCAUUGAUGUUUCCGACGAGUACAAGAAGCAAUACCAAAAGGAGUUCCACACCACUCCAGCAGAGCGCAAGAAGCAAGAGGAAGGCCCAACACGACUAACGAAUGCCACCGAGUGGGGAUAUUAUGAUGAACCGGAGGCCAUUGAACAGCUGAUCGACUGGCUCGACCCGCGCGGUAACAGGGAGCUAAGACUACGCAAGGAGUUGCAGAUGCAGCGCGACAAGAUCGCCGAGUACAUGAAGCACCGCAAGGAGUACUUGGAGCAGACUGCAGAACGGGCGGAAUCGGAGGAAAUCCCCAGCAAGCGAGUCAUGACGCGCCACAAGACUUAUGUGGACGACAACAAGCAUCGUUGUAUGCGCUGGAGAAACAAUACAAGCAUGAAUGACAAUGGACACCUCCAUGUGGAUGCCUCGCGGCCGACCAAGCGGGCCAAACGAGCUAUUGACGAGCCUAAAGAAGUCAAAGCCAUUAACCGCCAAGGCAAACCCUUGACAAGACAAGGCACACGCUACAACUUCUAAGAGUGCCGCCAGUUCGCUUUCUUUAUUUUCCUUUUGGGGU